CACGGGAUAAUUGACUGUGAUGUAACAGCGGCAGCAACCUGGAGAAGAAUAAGCCGCUCUGAAUGGUGCUUUUUGCUGCAGAGCUUCAAGCAACAAAUUGUGUCCACUUGAAAUGCACCAUUAAUGAAGAGUCUAUGUGUAAGAGAGAGAGAGAGAAGGGGGGAGAGAAAGUGAGGGAGAGAGCGAGGGCGACCACACAGUAAACGCACAGCUCCUAUGGCAGAUCCGUUCCGCUUCACUAUCACGCAGUGAACAGUUUUUUGGCUCUGAAGGAAGAGCUGCAAAAAAACAAAAGCAGUUGGAAUACCAGUUGUGGGGCUUUUUUGUUUUUUGAUCAGCAGUUGUCGGAGUUUGCGCCGCAGUGAUGUCCAAGCGCUCUUAGCGGGUUAGGGGUGGAGAAAGACGUCCGUUUGCCGUUUGCUGUCGCCUUGUCCGCUGGACUAACAUCGCAUGGGGACAUGAGCAGUGUGGAUCCAUCCUCUAACAAACUGUUGACUUUCAAUCAGCGCUCUGCCUCAGAGGACUUGGGGUGCAGGCGUGGAGACUUCAGCAGGAAACACUAUGGUUCGGUCGAGCUGCUGAUAUCCAGUGAUGCAGAUGGGGCCAUUCAGAGGGCAGGACGCUUCAGGGUGGAGAAUGGCUCCUCAGACGAGACUUUGGACUACACUCCAGGAACCUGGAGGAGAACCGAUGUCCAUCUGGAGAAUCCAGAGUACCACACCAGAUGGUUCUUUAAAUACUUUUUGGGAAAAGUCCACCAAAAUUAUGUGGGCACGGAUGCAGAGAAGAAUCCCUUCUACCUAUCGGUGGUCCUCUCGGACCAGAACAACCAACGUGUUCCUCAGUACCGAGCCAUCCUCUGGAGAAAGACGGGGACUCUGAAGAUCUCCCUUCCCUACAGCCCAACAAAAACACUAUCAGUCAAGUCCAUACUAAGUGCAAUGAACAUGGACAGGUUUGAGAAAGGCCCCAGGGAAAUCCUCAACCCGGAGAUUCAGAAGGACCUGUUGGUGUUGGAGGAACAGGAGGGUUCUGUCAACUUUAAGUUUGGUGUGCUGUAUGCCAAAGAUGGACAGCUGACAGAUGACGAGAUGUUUAGUAAUGAGACGGGGAGUGAGAACUUCGACAAGUUUCUCAGUCUGCUGGGUGAUACCAUUACACUGCAGGGAUGGGCAGGUUAUCGAGGAGGGUUAGACACCAAGAAUGACACUACAGGAAUUAAGUCCAUCUACACAGUGUAUCAAGGUCAUGAGCUCAUGUUCCACGUCUCCACCAUGUUACCCUACUCUAAAGAGAACAAACAGCAGGUGGAGAGAAAGAGGCACAUUGGAAAUGACAUUGUUACCAUAGUAUUCCAGGAAGGCGAUGACGCCUCGUCAUCCUUCAAGCCGUCUAUGAUCCGAUCACACUUCACCCAUAUUUUUGCAUUAGUUAGGUACAAUAGCCAGAAUGACAGUUACAGGUUAAAGAUCUUCUCAGAGGAAAGUGUUCCACUGUUUGGACCCCCUCUCCCAUCUCCGCCUGUAUUUACCGAUCACCAAGAAUUCAGGGACUUUUUAUUAGUCAAAUUAAUCAAUGGAGAGAAAGCCACACUGGAGACACCGACGUUUGCCCAGAAGCGUCAGCGGACCCUCGACAUGCUGAUCCGCUCGCUCUAUCAAGACCUCAUGCCUGACCUGCACAAGGUUCCCUUUUCUCCCCAGAACAUGUUAAACAGACGGUCCUUCAGCGAUGUGUUGCCUGAGUCUCCAAAGUCGGCACGUAAGAAGGAGGAGGCACGCCAGGCUGAGUUUGUCAGAAUAGGGCAGGCCCUCAAGCUGAAGACCAUAGUGAGAGGCGAUGCGCCGACUAGCCUCGUCACCACAGGCUUGUGCAGAAAAGAGCCAUGGGAGUCCCAGUUGUUCUGCAGCACAUUCCCCUAUGAUAUCGUGUGUGCUGACUCCUGGGGUCAGUCGGUGCUGGUUGCCACAGACGCAGCAGGGGUCAUGCUGCUCGAUGGCCCUGAUCCAGCAGGGUUAGGCAUUGAGCCACAGAGCCUUCCCCCAGUGCACGUGUUUGACAGAACCAUGGUGGUGAAGCAGAUGCAUGUUCUCGAGCCUCAGGACCUGCUUAUCACCCGCACUGACAAAGGAAAGGAUGCUCGGCUUUAUGUGUUCAGACUCAGCACGAUCAAGAAAGGCCUGGAGGAGAGGCAACUCAUCAGGGGCAAGUGCGACAGCCGGGAAAACAAACUGGAGAAAACGAAAGGUUGCCAUUUGUACUCUAUUAACACCCACCACGGCUCAGAGCUGAGGAUAGUAGCAGCCAUCAGGAACAAACUCCUCCUCAUCACCAGGAAACAUCCGCGUUUCAGCGCCGUCGCCACAGGAGCGGAUUCUCCAGUGGAGGAGUUUCAGUACAUACGGGAGAUCUGUCUGUGCGACCCGCCGGUGGUGAUGUCGCUGGUGGACGGUCCAACCGGGGAAAAUGAUAAUAUGAUUUGUGUGGCCUACAAACAUCAAUUUGACCUGAUCAAUGAGAGCACUGGAGAUGCCUACCGGCUGCAUCACGCAGAGGCCAACAGGGUAAAUUUUGUAGCGGCCAUUGAUGUGUAUGAAGACGGGGAGGCAGGUCUGCUGUUGUGUUACAACUAUAUUUGUUACUAUAAGAAAGUUUGUCCGUUUAACGGCUCCACACCGAUGAUCCAGUCCAACACCUCGGAUUUCCACUUCAGCUGGAACCAGAUGCCCAAUGCUAUCGUUUGUGCAUUUCCUUACAUCCUGGCCUUCACCACGGACUCCAUUGAGAUUCGACUAGUGGUCAAUGGCAAUCUUGUGUACACAGCAGUGGUCCCGGAGCUGCAGCUGGCUGCCUCACGGUCAGACAUCUAUUUCGUUUCAUCGGCUCCAGUGAGCUCAGCCUCCAACUGCAGUUCGAGAGACACCAGUUCCCAGAGUUCCCCACAGACGCCUACCGGCUAUGAGAUGCCCAUGUUCCCCUCGCCGCUUGGCGAUGAUUCUAUACGGAUCCCCUAUGGUACCAAGCUUUCCCUGUACAUGUCUAAGGAUGCUGAAGGUGAAGCGGCAUGCAAGCACAUUUUUAAGAUCCCUCUGUGUAACUUGGUGGGCCGCAGCAUCGAAAGACCCCUGAAGUCCCCUCUGGUCAACAAGGUGCUGACGACACCAGCCCCCACCAUGGUGGCCCCAGCUCCCCUCAUCUCUGCAACACACUCGCUUUCCUUAUCCCGCAUGGAGAUCAAAGAAAUAGCCAGUCGCACACGGAAGGAGCUGCUUGGCUUGACAGAGGAACCGAGUGGGAAAUCAGACAGUGGAUCGGUGAAACAGAGAAAGAUGAGCAAAAAGAACACAGAGGACGAGCCCAAAGUUCGAGCGCUGACGUCCACAAACAGCGACAGGCUAGCCUCACAGUCCAGCGAAGUGGAUCAGGAUGUCCAGCUGCACUGUUCGUCCAGUUCGGAGGCGGAGCCAGAGAAGGCGGUGCUGCAGCCAGAGAGCCCGCCUCUCACCAGUGCGUUCUCCCUCUCCACAUCCUUCGAAGAAGAUGUCUUGGACCUAAAGUGAAGACAAUCCCAUUGUGCACUUCUCUGCCCGCCCACUUCUGUACUGUCACCUUUACUCUGUUGUUUUGGUUGGUCUCCUUUUUUUUUUGUUUUUUGUUUUUUUUCUGUUGUUGAGCUCUGAUACCUUGGCGCUUUUUUCCUACAUACCCUGGGAUUCUGGGCCCCCGUUCAGCGGACGAGAUGGGUGCAGUGGAGGUUUGAAGUCAUGUCUGUGUGCGUGUGUGACUUUUUUCAUGAGCAGUACCCCCCCCCUCAGUCGCCGUGUGUCGGCUGCUUGUGUCGGCUGCUUGUGUCGCCCGCAGCAGAUAACCCAAAGAGGUUGCCUAAGAUGCCAUGGUGCAUUCAGACUUCUGCAAGAGCUUUGAGAUGCCGGUUUGAUCCAAAACCACAAACUGAAUGUAAAUCUGUGCACCAAGGCAUGAGAAAACUCUCUGCAUUCUCAACUCCCUCUGACGUUGCAAGAGCUUAUGUGUUGUAUAUUAUGUGAUUAUUUCCGAUCCACUUUCAAGUAUUGUAUGAUAUGCAUAUGUGUACAUCUGUUUAUACACAAAAGUGCACACAUGCAGGCGUAUAUGCCUGUCUGGCUUGUGAUGCAUAUUUAUAGAUAUAUUAUAAAAAUCAAUUUUAUUCCCAUAUUUAGUAAAAGUAUGAUUUUUGAUUUUAUGCUCUCUGCACAUUUUCGCCCAUAUUGUUCUCCGUAUCCGUCGUAAACAGGUUAGACAGACCUGGAAGAAGUCUCCCACAAGUGCCGUUUGCCACUGUCCUCCAUUCAAGUAGACGUCCAACAGCCACCAGAUUUUGGUGUGUGUCAGUAGCAGCCGUGAUUGUAGUCCAUGUUCGAUUACAGUGGUAACCAACGACUGCAAUCAGCUCGGGUGAUUUCACUUGCUGGCGGCAAAAUCUCAAAGGCACAUGCACAAAUAAUUUUAUCCCAUAACAAAGACCUGACCUUAAAUUUGCACGACUUGCAAGUGUUGUGUUUUUUGCAGCAAAGAAAUCGCUUCUUUGGAAACAGUGCGGUCUGUAACAUGAUACCAAAUUCCGAACAAAGUAAAGAAACAACAAGCUGAGACAAGAAAAAAAAAGUACAGGAGUAUCUUUAACAAGAUGGUGGUUAGAUGGAUAGAGGAGGGACGAUAAAAACAAAACCAAAAGUGUGAAUUACUUUUACUUUGUCUUUUUCUGUAUGUGGAAUGUAAAGCAGGACAAUUUGAACUUAGUAAUAUAAGAAAAAGUAUUUUAUUUUGUAGAGUAAAAUGUGCACUUAGUUAAAAAGUAGUUUUAUCUUUAGGAAAAAUUUGAUUUUUACUGAACUAAAAUUAAAGCCUAAAUGAAACUAAGAAUUUUAAAAGUGCAAAACAUAACAUCUCUUUUUAAAAAAAAAACUAAAUGUAUUUAUGUAUAAUUGGAAAGCCUAACCCUGUUAGGGAUUCAGCUCUUAAUGGAGCUAGCGCUGUUUAAAUCACUGGGUCUAAUUUGGAACUUCAAGGCCCAGAAGCCCUGCUGAUUUUCACCCCGAGGUCCAGAAAUACACUGAUUUACAGCUGGGACACCUGGAGUUACGAGUUAGGGGAUAACUCACUGCAGCACACACUUAAAUUCACAGUUUAUAUAUCAUUUCCUUACUAAGUGUAGAGGUUUAUGAUCAGAUUGCUAAUUGGCUGCCCAUCUGGAAAAUCUUUUGUUAUUGUCAUACAGAUAAAAAUCCAGUCCAUAAAUUUGGAGGGCUCAAAAGAGACUGAUAAGUCUCUAAUGGUAUAUAUACUCUAAAAACAAUCCUACAUUUCAUUAAACCAUCUCGACCUUUUAAAUGUUUCCUCGUUUUAUACUCCACACAUUCAGAUUAAAGACUAAAGCAAUCCAUUAAAAAUAAAACCACUAAUGCUCGGUUACUGUAGAGUUGACAACAGGGAAACAUCAGUAUCUACAUUGGCUCUUAUUAUUACAUCAGUCUGGGAAUGCCAAACAGCUAAGGAUGCACCACAUCAGCUAAAGGGUGACAUUCCACAUGAUUAAACCCAGCUUGAGCACCUAUGGGCAUUAGAGCAAUCAUAAAAGUAAUUCUGAGAGCAGAGACUUGGUAAGUGAGAGUCCAUGGUUUUAAAAAAGGUCAAACAUGGUCAAACAAACUUUGUGUAAUUACUGUCACAGCCAGAGGAGGGAGACAAAACUUAACCACCACAGGUUCAACAUGGGAAACAUCCCCAGCUGUACCAUCCACCCCACUUCUGAUGUAAAUGCACCUCCAACACUAAUAACCUUUAUCAGGGUAACUUUAUCUAGAAGAAGUUUCAUACAGAA